UACUACUUUCGCCGGUACUUCCUGCACAGUCGGCUCCACUUCCGGUUUCAAUCCAGGGCGCAUCCAUGUUUAAUUCACCCGAUUUUGGUUGAUUUUUCCCCAAAUUUUCGCCAUGCCGGAGCAGAUCAGCGUGGCCGAGUUUCUGGAGGAGACUCGGGACGACUAUUCCUCCCCAACAACCUCCAACUUCGUCUGCAAAAUGCCGCUGAUGAAGAGCACAGUGUCCGUCUUGGAAGAGACCUUGGACUUGGACAGAAGCGGUCUCAGCAAGAUGAAGAAGUCAGUCAAGGCCAUGGUCACCUCUGGAACAAGCCAUGUUGCCAAUGAGACCAUGUUCAGUGAGAACAUGGAAAAGUUGGGAAACAACGCUCUGUCCCGGGACCAUGAUCCUGAUAUAGGAGCUGCAUUUCUGAAGUUUUCCGUUUUCACCAGAGAGCUGACAGCGCUCAUGAAAAGCUUGGUACAAAACCUGAACAACAUAGUGAUGUUCCCACUGGACUCCUUAUUGAAGGGCGACCUAAAAGGAAUCAAAGGGGACUUGAAGAAACCAUUUGACAAGGCUUCCAAAGAAUAUGAUGCCAAAUAUUCCAAGAUAGAGAAAGAAAAGAAGCAACUUGCAAAGGAUGCAGGACUAAUAAGAACUGAAGUCUCUGGUGCAGAGGUGGCAGAAGAGAUGGAGAAGGAAAGAAGAAUGUUUCAGCUGCAGAUGUGUGAGUACUUGAUAAAAGUGAACGAGAUCAAGACCAAGAAAGGAGCAGACCUGCUUCAGCAUCUUGUGGAGUACUAUCAUGCACAGAACAAUUACUUUGCAGAUGGGAUGAAAACAGUAGAACAGUUCAAGUCAUACGUGGACAAACUCAGCACAGAACUACAGAGAAUUAAAAGAUCACAGGAUGAAGAGAAGAAACAGCUAGUGGAACUUCGUAACCAGCUGAGAUCCUCCAUGCAGAUUGACAAGGAGAAAGAGACGAGCACCACCAGUAGCUCGCAGUCGCUGAACCAGACGCCGGGAUACCAGCUGCAUCAGAUGCAAGGCAACAAGGCGCACGGCUGCGAGAAAACUGGCUUUCUGCAGAAGAAAAGCGACGGACUAAGAAAAGUGUGGCAGAAGAGAAGAUGCACCAUUAAGAAUGGAUACCUUACUAUCGCUCAUUCCACUUCCACCAAGCCCCCAGCCAAGCUGAACCUCCUGACUUGCCAGGUCAAACUUGUCCCAGAGGACAAAAAGUGCUUUGACCUCAUUUCCUACAACAGAACGUACCACUUCCAGGCAGAGGAUGAAGAUGAUAUGCUGCAAUGGAUGUCAGUGUUAUCAAACAGUAAGGAGGAGGCCCUGAACAAUGCGUUUGGGGAGAACAAAACCAGCCAGUCUUCCGAGGAGAACAGUGUGGCAGAACUCAGACAGAACAUCAUCUCCGAGGUGAAGAGAAUGCCGGGCAACGGGCAGUGUUGUGACUGCAACGCUCCAGAUCCCACGUGGCUGUCCACCAACCUGGGUGUCCUGCUGUGUAUAGAAUGUUCUGGAGUCCAUCGGGCUUUGGGAGUUCACAUCUCCAGAACACAGUCUUUAGAACUGGACGUCUUAAACACUUCAGAACUACUGCUUGCCAGAACUGUGGGGAACAUGGGAUUCAAUGACAUCAUGGAAUCUCGUCUGGACCCUUCCCAGAAACCAACUGCAAACAGCACCAUGGAAGAGAGGAAGGAGUUUAUCCAUGAAAAGUACGUCCAACACAAGUUUCCGAUGAAGACGUGCUCGGAUAACGAGAUGAUGCUUCAGGACCUGUGCCAGGCUGUCUUGUCGCGUGACAUCUUCGCCCUUCUGCAAGUCUUUGCCGAAGGGGUGGAUAUGACAGCUCCUCUCCCAGGCUAUGACCAGGGUGAGACAGCUCUCCAUCUUGCCAUGAUGCAGGAAGAUGGAACAUCUCUACAUGUGGUCGACUUCCUGGUACAGAACAGCAAUAACCUUGACGUGAAGACGAAGGCAGGGAACACUCCGCUGCACAUCUGUGCUCUACACGACCAGACAGAGUGCAUGAAGCUUCUCCUCAGGAGCAAGCCCAAACUCGACAUUGAUAACAAUGAUGGGGAAACAGCCCUGGCUGUGUCUGUGAGAAAACAGCACAGGGUCUGCCAGGAAAUGCUUGAGCAGGCGUCGCAGGGGAAGCUGACGCUGUGUGAGAACAUCAACAUGGACUGGGCGCUGUCACAAGACUACGAGGACGGACAUCUCGACUUCAGCGACGAUGAACUCGACGAAAAAGACAGAAUCAGCCCAGACAAGAAGAAAGCCCCUCGGCCACACAGUGUCUUCUCCUCCAUGACACCUGAGAAACCCUUCAUGCGGGAGCGAUCCUCGUCCACGAGAGAGCGACAGAGACCGUCCACGACCGUGGGGGAGCUGAUGAGCGCCAUCCCCCCGCCAUCCACCGCACCCCCUCCCCCUCCUACCAGAACUAAAAACUACCAUAACACGCCUAACACAGGCACCAUGACGCUUCCGCUUUACACCACCUCCUCGGGGACGGGCACCCUAAAAAAGAAAGCGCCCCCUCCCCCGGUGGCACCUCCCCCCAACCCAGGGGUGAACCACAAACGGGCGCUGUCCGACCCGGCGUCCCGUGGGAGCCCACCGCCCACCCCACCGGUGCGAGGGACGUCCACCACAGGUACUGCCUUACCGUUGGGGAACCUAAUCGCUCUCCCGGCGCACAUGAAAGGUCACAAGCGAACGUACUCCGAUCCCGGCAGCCCGCCCCCCGUUGUCGUAGUAACCAACGUGGAUGGUUUUACCGAGGGAGCGACCGGAGGAAUUGCCCGCACGGGGUCUUUGAACGGAGAGCACAAUCGUAGCAGGACGCAGGAGCCCCCACCGCGCCCCCCUCCCCCCAAUCGACCUUCAAAACCAGAAAUGAAAGUUUUGCCCCCCCGACCCCCUCCUCCCCCAGUCAGGGUCGCCUCCAUCAAGCCAGGUACGCAGGUGUCUGAAGAAGACAUGCCGCCUCCCCCACCUGUUCCCAAGUCACCUGGAGUGAUAGAACAGAUGGAGAGGGACAGACACCACAGAGAGGAGAGGCCUUUUAUGUCCACAUUCCUAGGUGAGAAGCCCCAGCCGCUCCCCCGGAACAAGGCAGUGUUGGACAGAGGGACGCCCCCCACCCCACCUCCCAAACCUCGCUCGUCUUCCAUGCCAACUCAGCCACAAGUGUUUUCUCCAGUUGUGCCCAUCAAAAUCUCAGUGAGUGUUCCCAGUCCGGGUGUUUCUCCAGCUGCUCCUCGGAAGUCAGUUGACAGUCUGUCCAUGAACAGUGCAGAAGGAGACAUUGACAGUUCACCAGACAGAAGUCCCUCCCCCGUACCUCUCCCCAGAAAGACUCAGCCAAAGCAGGCGAAGUCGAGACGAGUGCGAGCAGCCUUCCGCUGCACGGCAGACAACGCGGACGAGCUCACUUUCGCUGAAGGAGAGAUCAUCGUUGUCCUAGCAGAGCCCGACAAGGAGUGGUGGGAGGGCCACAUCGAGGGCCAUCCCGAGAGGCGAGGGCUCUUCCCCGUGAGCUUUGUCCACGUACUGAGUGACUGAACGACAGAAGUAGCCAUGGAGGGUAGCCAUAGAAGAUGGACAGAAAGAAUGACGAUCUCUCAAAGGUUUUACACAGACACGAAAGCUGAGUGAUAGAUAGGAAUUUGAAUGCUACAACUUGAUGUAUAAAAUCAAGGAUCUACUGAAUGUCUUGGACAAGCCAAGAAGAAGACUGGAGCAUCUUGAAGUUUCUUCUACUACUUGAAGUUGCAAGUAAAGGAAAGGUAUCUUCAGGCAAUAUCUGGGUCAAAGGUAAUAGGUCAAAGGUUAGUGUAAAAUAAAAUCUGACAUUUCGUUGCCUCGCUGUUGCUCUGUGAGCAAUGGUGUUGCAAGUUGCAGACUGUAUUCACUAAAAGAGAAAACCUCACACAAUGCAAGGUCGAGAUAUUGUAGGCGUCACCAUUUUCAUUUCUGGGUUCUCAAAUUUGCUGCUUCUUUUUUGUCUGAUUUUGACUGACAGAAAAGCAAAAAGAUCACAGUUUUGUACAUUUCUAUCAUUUUGGCACCAAUGGCUGAAGAAAGUCGUUGACAAUUCUUUUUUGUUGACUUUGUGGCUCAUAUGGUCUUUCACACUUUGCCUGCUUGUUUUUGUUUUUUGGGUUAGUUUUUGCUUGCCCACUCCAUAAAUUUCUACAAAAUUUUGAGAACCAAGAAAUUGAAUUGAAAUGACCUGAGACAUAGUGAACAUUACAAGGACAAAGCAAUGAGACUUUAAGAAAACAAACAACAAUAAUGUUAGACAUUUUGUAUCCUGUGUUACACAAUCUCUCACUGUUAGGGCUGACUAUGCCUCCUCCUGAACUCUAAACUUUCAACUUUGUCACCCUAGAGCAGCUGGCACCGCGUAUGAUACGUGUGCAAUACAAUUUUAAUAGGUAACAAAAUAUAAUGGCAGCAAGGAUAUGAUUUGGCCAGAUCCUCUCUGUUUCUAUUUGGCCAAAUUCAGACAAAUCUUGCCAAGAAUUGAACCUUUGACCCAAGGAACUUCGAUCAGGUACUUGUAGCUACAGUAUGAUCUAGGAUCUUGCCAUAGUAACGGUUUUUACAGUAUCUCAAAUCAUGAAACUACGAAGUUAAAAGAACAGUAAUUAUUGUAGGCCGUCCUUCUGAUUCUCUAAUUUAAUAAGAAGCAGAAUCGAAUCAUGAAACAAAAGAUGAAGUAACAAGAGAGACACAAGAGUAUACAGUAUCACUCAUUAUAAUUUAUAAAGGUUGUGGACAUUCCAUGUAUAAAUUUUUGGAAGGGUUUUUUGUUAAAGGUGGAUGAAGACAUUAUAACAUUGUAACCUUCAGCAUACUAAAUUAUAAUGUUGCCUUUUGGCACCAAAUUUGUAUUGGUUAUAGGGCCAGGUAGCAGGUAGAAGGUUAAAGAUAGUGUCCUUUCUUACUAAUCUCCAAGCAGAUUUUUCGGUGGCCGCAAAGACAGUAUCAAAUUGGCCAGGGCAAAAUUUUAUUGUCCACCGCUUCCCUCUUCAAAUUUGUACAGUGGAAUAGUCCAGGGAAUUUUAAUGUAGGACUAGUCCAAGUUGUAGCUUUGGAGGGGUGAUCAUUAGUUGUUGCAAGUUGGAAAAGCCAAGUCUGUAAAUACUCCAGUAAUACCAGUAUUUUACCAGACUUUGAUAAUAUGGUGUUCGUGGGGUCUUUAUUUAGUGUAAGUAUAAGUAAAUACAAUAUAUAGAGUGAGGAGGUAUUUUGUGUUGAAUACUAGUAGUUGUGUGGAAAAUUUUUUCGUGUUCUCAGAAAAAAGUGCGUACUCAAAAGACUUCUUUAAAUCUUUGGGACUGGAUGGCCAUUUGCGGCCAUAUCAGUUUGCCAAGAUACAAUUCUGAAAAAGUGCUAAAAUUGGUACAGUUUUCCUCUAUACAGGCAAUAAUGCUAACAGAUACUAUAUAGUUUUGCUACCUACCAUUUAUACCAGCUAUACAGAUACUGAUACAGUUCUACAACUUGCUAUUGACAAAAGCUGCUUGCCAUAGCCACACAGAAUAGCCAAAAUUGAUGCUGCGAACAGUGCUUGUCUUUUUUAGUAUUUAUUGUUAAAUCCUUGCCGAUACUAACAUCAGAAAUCAUUCUAAAAAAAAAUGCCAUUGUUUCUAUUUGUAUAGAUCAUUUAACGUGCCAUAAUGAGCUAGUAGUAAUUAGUGACAAGAACUGAUGGUGUUUUGUAAAUGCCUCCUCACUGUAGCUCUUAGACAAGACCUCUUUAACUUUAAGAACAGACCUCCCCUUUACCCAAACAGGGUGUAUGUGAACAAUCGUUGUGUAAAUGUAAAUAUUUCAAAAAUGCUUUCUGUGUCAAUCGAAACGGAACUUUUCUAUAUCUAUCUACACACAUGUAAUCUAUGAGUACAUGUAUUUAAAAAUGCUUGUCGUUGGAGUAUAUUGCCAUUGUGGUAUACUUAUAGCUGCUUGUUUUUUGUGCUGUGGAAAAAAAUAGUGGUCAGAUAUAUUCAUGCAAUUUCUGAGGAAUUUGAACUACAGUCAAACCUGUACUAGUGACCACCUCUACAUAUUAAGGACCACCUGGCCAAUGUGACUCCUUUUGGUGGUCCCUUACUACUUGUAAAUUUUCCCCAUUGACACAAGCAUUAAGAAUCCUGUCUAUAGUGACCACCUGUCCACAUAGACCAGACUUAUCGGUCCCCUGGGUGAUCUUUUUGGGCAGUUUUGACUGUAUGAUAGUGUUUGGCUGCGAAAACUAACAUUUUUGUCCAGGGGUGCCAAAAUUCUCUUAGUAGUAUAUUUGAUUUUUGUUCCCUGAUGUAGCUACAAUUUUCAGACUUUCUUAGACAGGUACCCUUGAAGAAAAUUAGGAACAAGAAGUAACAC